AUGAAUAAAAUAGAUAAUAAUAUAGAUAAUAGCAACAAAAACAACAAUUAUAAUAAUAAUAAUAAUAAUAAUAUAGAUAAUAAUGACCAAAAUGAAAAGUUAUUUUGGUCAGUGUUUAGAAAUUAUUUUUUAUUCAACGCCAUAUUCGACUUUAUAAGAAUCAAAAAAUUUAGAUGUGAAUAUACAUGUAUUCCACUACAUUCUAUGGACUAUUUAAUAGAUAAUAAUUUAAUUGAGGUUUUAAAAUAUAGAGUUUUAUCAUCAAAAUUUUUACUUUUCAACACCAAAGGGGAUAAAAGAAGGAUUUAUAAACACAAAAAAUUAUUUUCAGCUAUUUCAUCAAAAAUCAAAGACCAUAAAUUUUAUAGAAACCUAUUUGUAAAUAAUUUAAAUCUGUAUAUCCAAUACGAUUUUGAAAAGUUAUUAGAUGCAAUUUAUGAAAAUGAUAAUUUAGUAGCAAUUACCAGUCUCUAUAAAUCGUACGAAAACAUUAUCGAGCAGUGCAGACUCUACUCCAUCGAUAUGAUAGCUAUACAAUUUGACAAAUAUUUGUUAGACUAUCACAGUAUUAAAGUUUCAAAUUUCAUCCUCAAGAAAUUCUAUAACCAUCCUCGUAACAAUAUCAACUAUUUAAAAGAGCAAAAGCAAAAAGAAACCAACUUUAACAAUAACAAAGACCCACAAACUGUCUAUGGUACUUCCAGCAGAAAGCAAAAUCCCCAAUUUAAUAAUAAUGAUACAAGAAUUUUAACAUCAGAAAUAGUGUGGAAUUCAAUUAUGAAUGUAAUAAGUAAAGACAGAGCCAUUAUUUUAUUAGAACAACAACUAAUAAAUCAAGAUAUCGCCAAUAACAGCAACAGCAAUAAUAACAAUAAUAAAUCACUCACUAACAAUCCAUAUUUUGAAUUUGUAAACAAAUUGAAUUGGGCAAAAAUUUCAAGCAGAUAUUUCAAAUUUUUAAACUCUGUAAUAAAUGAUAUUAGUAUUCCACCACCAACACAAAACUUCAAAUUCUUUUCGCCACAAAGUUGGAGAGAUUUAAUGGGCACUCUUUUCUCUCACGAUCCAUUUGAAUUAAAUUUUAAAGUUAAAUGGCUUUUUGAAGCAUGCAAAACAAUUCAAUCUCUAAAUUUUUAUAAUCAUGAAAAGGAGUGCAUAGAAAUUAUAAAAAAAAAUGGCGGAGGGGUUUUAAGAAUCAAUUAUUUACUAUCAAAAGAAGAACUAAAUGAAAUGGUAUUUUCAACAUAUGAGUUAAAUCAAACUAUAAAUGAAAUAAAUUUAAAAGAUAAUUUCAACCAAAAGGUUUUAAAGCUGGUCAGAGCUUAUUUAGAAGCUGGUAAACUAUCAAUUUUAUAUAAAAGAAAUAUUGGUUACUAUUCCAUAUUUGGCAAUGAUGAUUUUCAAAAAAUUGAUUUUACAACAAUAUUAAAUAAUAAUAAUAAUAAUAGCAAUAGUAAUAAUAAUUUGUUUCCAAUCAAUAAAAAUUUAUUUUUAAAUUCAUUUAAAUAUGGCAAAUUUGAAUUAUUAAAUGAAUACUUAAUAAGAACAAACGAUAAAGAACCGGCUAACUCUAUUAUCUCAACAAUACAGGAAGAACUCGCAAAGGAAAAUUCAAUUUUGUUUAAAUACUGUAACAACUUUGAAAAUCAAAUUCAAUUUUUAAAUAACUGUUAUAAUUUAAUUAUAAACGAAUCAAUUAAACCAACCCAUAAAAUCAAUGCAAAUUUUAUCUUUUCUUUAAUAAUACCAACUGAUAACACAACUUUAAUAAAUGAGUCUUUUAAAAUUUUUAAAGAUUUAAUAAUAAAUAGUAGCAAUAAUAACAAUAGUUACAAAACAAUCACGUCAAUUGAAAAUAAUUAUAAAAAUCUUUUUUUAUAUAUUAAAUCUUCACCAGCUUUAAUUUGUUUAUUAGAUUUAUUUAAUAAUAAUAAUUACAAUAAUACAGUUAGCAAAGAAUUAUUUAAUUAUCAAACUUGGUAUUUCAAUGGUAGAUUGGAUUUAUUAUCACUAUAUAUAAACAAAUUAAAUGAAAAGUUAAAGUUUUUAUCAUUAAAAGAUUGUGGUUUUAAACUAUCAUCAAAGCAAUAUGAAAACUAUCUUUCAGCCAUUAAAUAUUCAUUACAAAGAAAAGAUCAGUUUGAAAUUAGUUUAUCAGCAAUAAAGGAUACAAUUCUACAAACCAACUAUUGCAAAAACAAUAAUGUAGAAAGAUUUACAACCUCAAAAGAUAUCGAAAUAAUAAAAUACCUAAUCGAAAAUACAAAAGAAUCCUAUAAACCUAUAGAGAUGGUUAAUCAUUCCAAUGAUGCUAUUAAUAUGCCGAUUGCAAAUUUUUAUUCAUGGCUUUUUAAGGAAAGAUCAAAUGAUAUUGAAAAUGGAAGAUGCCAAAUUAGCAAACCAGAGUUAGUUUUAUUGCAAUACUAUUCCAACAACCUUGAUUUCUUUUACCAGUCCAAACUUAUUCCAGAUAUCAAGCUAGUAAUAGAGGCCAUUGCCUCAAGUGGUGAUUUCAAAUCUUUGGGAAAACUAUUCGACUCUAGUAAUAUCCUCCUCCAAAAGGUAGCUGAAAAUAGACAAAUUCUCGUUAAAUCUUUUGUAAAGCUUGGCGACCAUAGAGUAGUAGAAUAUUUCGACUGGGAAAACAAAUUCUAUAAUAAAACCUUAGUAAAACUUAUCUUUUAUAAUGACCAUAUUUCUUUAGCUUUGGAAGUAUUCCGCUCCACUUUCUAUAGCAAUGGAGUAACAUCACUAACCUUCUUUAGUAGAAACAUCAACAAACAUUCAAAACUAGACUAUAAGAAAAUAUAUUUAGAAUGUUUAAGAAUACAAAAACCAAUUUAA